AGCUCGGUGCUACCUGACAGCUGCAGCUCGGGUCUGAGUGUAAUUAAUUAUUUGCUGUAAUCAGCUGACAGCUUCUUUUUCUUCCUCUCUGUGUGAAUUUGUCGCUAAAUCAGCAGCUAGCUCUGAUGCUAAGCUUAGCAAGCUGCCUGAAGUAGUUGAUGUUGUUGUUAGCAGCCUGCUAGCCGAGCAGCAGCCGCUAGCCUGCAGCGUGUUUACGUCUCUGCUCCUUAAAGAAAACAAACAUUGUUUACUGUGUGACCGGGCUGCGGGGUCAGAUACAUACUGGAUCAGGUCCCUGAAGCCCAGGAAGGAUAAAAUGUGCAGCAGCGGGUCUGAAGGGAGGUGAUCCAUCCGUAACUCCGUGGAAGCUGCCAUUGUUAGCGCCGCUUCUUCUUCGCUUUCAGCUUUAACGGCAGCUGACAGCGCACGUUAAAGUGCGUCACCGCCACCUGCUGCCCUGGAGAGUUUUCCUCAACAGCCAGCUGGCCUCGCAGGUGCUGGUCAGGAACCGUCGGGCCAAUCAGAUGUUUGAGGAGAUGAAACCAGGGAACCUGGAGAGAGAGUGUGUUGAGGAAAUCUGUAACCACGAAGAAGCCAGAGAGGUGUUUGAACAGACGGAUAAAACGGAAAACUUCUGGCAGAAAUAUCUGGACUGUAAAGCAGACCAAAUCAAAAGAUCACAAGAGAAGAUCAACAUCAUCAGACAGUGUUUAGAAGGUCAGUGUAUUUCUGGUAAUGGAGUGAAAUAUGAAGGAAAUAUCAACAUCACACAAUCAGGGAAACAGUGUCAGCACUGGAGGAGCAGCUUCCCACAUCCCAUUAUAAGGGAGUUUAAUGCUUCACAGCCAAACAGCAUCCUGCACGAGAACUUCUGUCGAAACCCGGACAACCGUCCGGAGGGACCCUGGUGUUUCACCAAAGACCCGACGGUCAAGAAAGAGACCUGCAAGGUCCCCAGAUGUGGCCAGCCCUUCGUGCCCGCCACUCUGGCCACUAAACCAGUCAAAACCGGCACCUGUUUACCCAGUUAUGGCAUAGACUACACUGGCGACCUGGCCGUCACUCUGGGAGGCCACACCUGUUUGCAGUGGUCGGCGGCGGAGGCGCAGGCCCUCAGCAAGAACAAGGAGUUCAUCGCCGAGGUCACUCUGCAGGGCAACAAGUGCCGGAACCCUGACAACGACCCCGAGGGCCCCUGGUGCUACGUGAGGGUUUCUGGAAACGUGACCGUCGACUACUGCGACCUUGAGCUGUGUGAGGACCCGCUGGUUGGCGAUGUGUCGACCACAGAGACACAAGGCAUGGAGCGCUCCGUCCUGGCGCCCGCCAGGAAAACCUUCUUCAACCAGCGGUCCUUCGGACAAGGAGAGAACGAGUGUGGGCAGCGCCCCCUGUUUGAAUUGAAAGCCAAACAGGACAAGAAGGAGGUGGAGCUGUUGGAUUCAUACAGAGAACAACGCAUCGUUGGGGGGGACGACGCCGAAGUGGCCUCAGCACCAUGGCAGGUGAUGCUGUAUAAGCGCAGCCCUCAGGAGCUGCUGUGUGGAGCCAGUCUGGUCAGCGAUCAGUGGAUCGUCACUGCGGCGCACUGCAUCCUCUACCCACCCUGGAACAAGAACUUCACCACCGACGACAUACUGGUCCGCCUGGGAAAACACAACAGGGCUAAGUUUGAGCGCGGCACAGAGAGGAUCGUGGCCAUCGAUGAAAUCAUCGUCCACCCGAAGUACAACUGGAAGGAAAAUCUGAACCGUGACAUCGCCCUGCUGCACAUGAGACGGCCAAUCACAUUCACCGAUGAGAUCCACCCCAUCUGCCUGCCCGACAAGAAGGUCGCCCAGAUCCUGAUGACUCAAGGCUUUAAGGGUCGAGUGACCGGGUGGGGGAACCUGAAGGAAACCUGGAACCCUUCAUCAAGAAAUUUACCCACAGUCCUCCAGCAGAUCCACCUGCCAAUCGUGGACCAGGACACCUGCCGCAGCUCCACAUCAGUCAAGAUCACAGACAACAUGUUCUGUGCGGGUUAUAGACCAGAAGAUACUCAACGUGGAGACGCCUGUGAGGGAGACAGCGGUGGACCGUUUGUGAUGAAGUUCCCGGCAGAGAACCGCUGGUAUCAGAUGGGCAUCGUGUCGUGGGGGGAAGGCUGCGACCGCGACGGGAAGUACGGCUUCUACACUCACCUGUUCAGGAUGACCCGGUGGAUGAAGAAAGUCAUCGAGAAGGGCGAGGGAGGCGAUGAAUAGACACAUUUCCUGUUCUCCCUGUGGAGCUAAUAAAGUUUGUUCACAUCGUA